AUGGUUGCAGAACCUGUCCUGGCAACUGUACAGGUAUUAAAUAGAGUAAUCAAUGACACCACUACGUUCAUAAAUAAACAACAGGAGAAAUUACAACAUUCGGAUCUGUUGAAUAAAAUUUUUCACCGUGAGUCAACCUUUGAUCCGCCACCACGACCUCCAUCACAAAUUAAAUCCCUUUUCGACCGUAUAACGAAUAACAUUUGUAAACACAAACUUACAUAUGCAUCGGUAAUAGGUAUAGGUUUAGGCUAUAUCCUUUUUCAACGAGUCUCUGCUGCUGAUCCCAGACGAGUUAAUCGAAGGGUUCCCAAACUACCAAAUGGUGCACGAACAGAUGCUGUUUUUCUCAUAGGGUCAUUCACUGAUCAUUUGACGAGAGUACUCGCAUACGAUUUAGAAAAGAGAGGGUUCACUGUAUUUUGUUCCAUUUUGGACUCAAAUGAUGUUAAAUACAUCCAAUCAAAUAAAGUCGGCGAUGACAUACAAUUUUUGGAUUUUACUCUGCAACCCAUUGAAAAUGCCGUGGGUGAACUUAAUGAUAUAUUGAAGACUGCUGUAGUACCAUUUACUGGAGCUGAAUCACAUCACCUCAAUUUGAAAGCAGUCGUCUUUGCACCUAGUUGGCAUUUCCCCGUGGGUCCAAUUGAAAAUAUGAGCAUCAGCACAUGGAAGAAAUUGAAUUCUAGAAUACAAAUGGUGAUGGAAGUGCUCAUUUGUGGGUUGCUACAAAUAGCAAGAAAUCAGAAAUCCAAAUUUAUUCUACUAAAUUCUGGCAUAAGCUCGUUGGAUUUCCCGUAUCAUGCACCAGAGUCUAUUUUUCAAAACGAAAUGAGUCAUUUGUUCACCAUCUUGGGUCGAGAAUUGCAGCAAUAUGGAAUGUCAGUUACUCAAAUCAAAUUGGGCAAUUUAAGAAUCUCAAAUCAAAAGAUCAACUCCAGUACCAGAGUUGAAAGCUUGGUGAACACCGAAACAAGAGCUUGGACAUCGGAAAUAAGGGAUUUGUAUGCUACCGACUUCUCAAAAAUACAAUACAAGAGUAACGCUAUAAGAGGAAGUGGUGGUAAAGGCACUCAGAUAAAGGAGUUGUUUCAUUUGAUUUUUGAUGUGAUUUAUGCAGAGCGGAGUCCGACCAUAGCUUUUUGUGGUAAAGGAGCCCGAUUUUACUACUGGCUAGCAAGACUUUUACCCACAUCUUGGCUUGGAUGGUAUUUGGUAUGGUGA